AUGCCGGAUCCCCCGAUGCUCUCGGAUGGCAAGGAAGUUCGAUGGGAAAACUGGCAGACUGGUAUUGAGUUCAAACUCGCCCAGAACGCAGACUGGUUCCCAACCGCACACCAUCGAAUUCACUACGUUUCGACUCGACGUGAAGGACGCGCUCUGAAGCACAUUGGACCCCGUCUCCACCGAACAUCGACCAAUCGCUAUACUGAUGCAGAGGAUAUGCUGGAGCACCGCAAGCGAGGACUCUAUCGCAAGCUUGUCUGGCGACUCCAAGAUCGUGUGACCCAGUACAUGAUCGAUCCAAGUCUUACUCUUCAAGAGUUAGUACGCCGAUGCCAGGACACCGCGACUCAGAUGAACAUUAAUUUCAAGGAUAACCCCCCGCCUGCGAGAGGCAGCGGUGGCGGCCGAGGAGGAAUAGACAAGGAUAAGGACAAGACCAAGAGCCCCGGCUCUGGUACUGCCCUGGGCACCCCCCGCCCUCAGAUGGAUGCUGCAGAGCGUGCAGCCCUUCUCAAGAAUGGCCAAUGCUUCUACUGCCGAGGAAAGGGCCAUAUGGCCAAGGACUGCCCUGAAAAGAAGACCCCCGCUGUUGCUGCUGCUGGAAAUACGCCUGCUGCUGCAGCCGCUGCACCGGAUCCCCGUCUCGUCGAGAUGGAAGCUGAACAGCCGGCAAAAGACUAG